GAGUUUCUAAACCUCAAAUUAUCUACAGACAGUAUGUCGAGGUAUUCUUUCUACAGAUAGUAUUUAAAAACACAUUCUGUCGAAAUCGGCUGCAGACUCUAGCGAUUUAUCUCAAACGCUUGGAGAAAAUGAUCCACGCGUUUAUUUUCUUCUGUUUGUGCUUUUUUCAUCUGGUUGGUGUGCUUGUUGCUGAGUCGGAUGUGGUGAGGACAGUGCCAGUGACUGUGGGGGAUUCUGUCACUCUAGAAUCUAUCACUGACAUACAGAGAUAUGACCAGAUAGAGUGGAGGUUUGGAACCAUUCGCAUUGCUAGAAUCAAGGAACUGAACGGUAUCUUCUCUACAGAUUAUUAUGACUCGAGAUUCAUAGACAGACUCCGGUUGGAUAAUCACACCGGAUCUCUCACCAUCACAAACAUCGGCCAUGAACACAGUGGAGUUUAUAAACAAAGCAUCGGACCUAAGGAUCCAGCCGCGCUUUACAAUGUUACCGUUUAUCCUCCUCUGCCCAUUCCUGACAUCUCUAGUUACUGUACACAAUAUCCUUCAUCGAAAUGUUCAUUGCUGUGUUCGGUGUUGAAUGUAAGUCAUGUGACUCUCUCCUGGUACAAAGGAAUGAGUGUAUUGUCCAGCAUCAGUGUGUCUGCUCUCAGCAUCAGUCUCUCUCUACCUCUGGAAGUGGAAUAUCAGGAUAACAACACUUACAGCUGUGUGAUCAACAAUCCCGUCAGCAACCAGACCAAACACAUCAGUGAUCUCAAUUGGUUGAGUUCAGGCUGCAACCUUUGUUUUGACACCACUGAAGCUGUGAUCCGAUUGGUCGUCACUGCUCUGAUGGGCGUGGCUGCGGCGGCUGCCAUUGUUGUCCUCGUUUAUGACAUCAAAUCCAGAACAGGAGUGGAGAAAACAAACAUCAGUAUCAGACACCGAUGA